AGAGACGGAUAUCUCAGGUCAUCUGCAGCUGCAGCAAACCAGUGAAGGAGAGAGAGAGAGGGAGAGGGAGAGAGAGAGGGGGGGAAAAGCAGGGAAAGAUGGCGAUCCUCCAUUGCUGAGACCUGGCAAGGAGCACAUGAGGCUCACAAAACAACUUCCACAACAAUAACAACAAGAAGAGCUAGGCAGAGAGGAAGAGGAGAGGAGGCAGAAGCAAAAGCAGCAGUGCCGGGACGCUCCUAAUUUGCUAAUGUAAGAGAUCAUACCUGAACCAUGGAGGUGCUGCAGUGUGAUGGCUGUGAUUUUCGAGCUCCAUCCUACGAAGAUCUGAAAGCCCACAUUCAGGAUGUUCACACUGCAUUUUUGCAGCCAACAGAUGUAUCUGAGGAAAGUCCUAGCCAGCCACGGUCUGGUUCCAUGAAUGCUGGCAACCAGACUGAGGUUGAAUUUUCUUCAGUAAAGGAUGAAUUUGGAAUUGCAGAUGAAUUAGCAGGGCAAAAUGCAACAAGUCAGAUGGGGACUGGAAGUUACUAUAGCCAGAGCCAGACUUUCUAUGGUCAGCACUUGGCUCCAAAUCCUAAACCAACCAACAAGUUUUUCCAAUGCAAGUUCUGUGUGCGUUACUUCCGUUCCAAAAACCUCCUCAUUGAGCACACACGAAAGGUUCAUGGAGCACAGGCUGGGGGGAGCUCAGUGGGGCCACCAACUGCUAGUUCCCUAAAUUACAACAUCAUGAUGUAUGAAGGGUUUGGCAAAGUUUUCAGUUGCCAGUUCUGCACCUACAAAUCACCCAGGCGUGCAAGGAUUAUUAAGCAUCAGAAAAUGUAUCACAAAAGCAACCUGAAAGAGAGUUCAACUCCUCCUACUCCAACUGCUGCCACUGCUAUGUCUGAAUCAACAUCUGCUUCUGUGCCAGUGCAGGACCCCUGCAAGGAGCUGCCUGCAGAGGUGGUGGAGCGGAGCAUUUUGGAAUCCAUGGUCAAGCCCCUGACAAAGUCUAGGGGCAACUUUUGCUGUGAAUGGUGCAGCUACCAGACACCUCGAAGGGAGCGUUGGUGUGACCACAUGAUGAAGAAGCACCGGAGCAUGGUAAAGAUACUAUCAAGCCUAAGGCAGCAACAAGAUGGAACCAGUGCACCUGAUGUACAGACUAAGAGUGCCCAGAGCGCCUCUCCAAACUCUAAUUAUAUCUCCAUGAAUACAACAGGACGUGAGAUGUCAAAUGCUAAUGUCUCAAACUUCAGGAGCUCUGUGGGCAAUUCCCUUAUCAGGCCCAACUCUUCUACAUCUUCCAAGUUUUCUUCUGUGUCUUACCCUCAAAUGAAGCCUAAGUCACCUCACAACUCAAGCAUGGUGAAUUUGUCUGACAGAUCUCGCUAUGGAAUUGCUGAUAUGACGAAUUCUUCUGCUGACCUGGAAACAAGCAGUAUGCUAAAUGACUCCAGCUCAGAUGAAGAGCUAAAUGAAAUGGACAGCGAGAAUGGCUUGAACUCCAUGGAUCACCAGACCUCAGGAAUGUCUGCAGAGCAGCUGAUGGGAUCUGAUGGCAACAAACUAUUGGAAACAAAGGGAAUUCCCUUUAGAAGGUAUAUGAACAGGUUCCAGUGUCCUUUUUGCCCUUUCUUGACGAUGCACCGCCGAAGCAUUUCCCGUCACAUUGAGAACAUUCACCUGUCUGGGAAGACAGCUGUGUACAAGUGCGACGAAUGCCCUUUCACCUGCAAAAGUUCUUUAAAGCUUGGUGCUCACAAGCAGUGUCACACAGGCACAACAUCAGACUGGGACACCAUGAACUCUCAGACUGAAAGCAUUGCCUCUUCUUUGAAUGAUAGCACAGUUUCUUAUGAGAGUGGAAAUAUAAAUGGCAGGAAGUCAGGUGGGAUGAUGGAACCAGUGCAGUCACAGCAGCAACAGCAACAACAGCAGUCACCUCAACCCCAUUUACAGCAUCCAUACAAGUGCACAAUGUGCAACUACUCCACCACAACUUUGAAAGGCCUCAGAGUUCAUCAGCAGCACAAGCAUUCAUUCUGUGACAACUUGCCAAAAUAUGAUGGACCACCAGUAAGUGCACCACAAGAGAAUGAGGCAGAUGCACACCUCUCUGCCAGCACAGUGAAGAAGAGCCAGACCUCCAUACUUGGGCUCUCAUCUAAAAAUAACUUUGUUGCAAAAGCGCCUCGGAAGGUGUCAAAUGACUUCCCUUUAGAUCUGUCUCCAGUGAAAAAGAGAACUAGAAUUGAUGAAAUAGCAAGCAACCUGCAGAGCAAGAUCAGCCAAAAUAAACAGCAAGAGGAUGCUGUGAUAAAUGUAGAGGAUGAUGAGGAAGAGGAGGAGGAUAAUGAGGUGGAGAUAGAAGUUGAGUUAGAUAGAGAAGAAGAGCAAACAGAACCAAUGAUAGAAGUUUCCAGUUCUUAUGCACCUCAGCAAAUGUGGGGCAGAGAGGCUAAUGAUUCCCAGAAGGAGACAAACUUUAGAAGCAUGCAACAUGAGUACAAUUCUACCAAUGGAGCAGAGAUUGAGCUCACUUUAUCUGAGGAUGAGGAGGACUAUUACUCUUCUGUCAGUAUGAAGGACCAUCAGAGCCCUAACGCCUCUGUUCUAGGGAGCCAGUCAAACAUGUAUGGUACUGAUCAGAACAAUGAGAACUCAGAGUUUGGUGACUCUGGCAGGCUUUACUAUUGCAAACACUGUGAUUUCAGCAACAAAUCUGCCAGAAGUGUUAGCACCCACUACCAGCGAAUGCAUCCCUACAUUAAAUUCAGCUUUAGGUAUAUUCUGGAUCCAAACGAUCACAGUGCAGUGUACCGGUGUCUUGAGUGCUACAUUGACUACACAAAUUUUGAAGACCUGCAGCAGCAUUAUGGAGAGCAUCAUCCUGAAGCUAUGAAUGUACUGAACUUUGAUCAUUCUGAUCUCAUCUACCGCUGCCGCUUCUGCUCUUAUACAAGCCCAAAUGUUAGAAGCCUGAUGCCACAUUACCAAAGAAUGCAUCCUACAGUGAAAAUUAACAAUGCAAUGAUAUUUUCAAGCUACGUUGUUGAGCAGCAAGAAGGGCUGAACACAGAGUCUCAGACACUGAGAGAGAUCUUGAAUUCUGCUCCAAAAACUAUGGCAACCUCCACCCCCAUGGCUCGCGGGCCUGGUGUGCCAGCUGGUUUUAACAAAAGUGCCGCCAAGAGUUUUAGUCCUGAAUGUGAAAAUCAGAAGGAACCUACAGUCAACACUGUGGUUGUUUAUGACUGUGAUGUGUGUUCAUUUGCAAGCCCUAAUAUGCAUUCAGUCCUUGUGCAUUACCAGAAAAAGCACCCCGAAGAAAAAGCGUCCUAUUUCAGAAUUCAGAAGACCAUGCGUGUAGUCUCUGUUGACAGGGGCUCUGCGCUGGCUCAGAUGGCUUUUGAGCUGGGGACACCCAUAUCCCCAAAACUGUCCAGCUUAUCUUCUCAACCUUCACCCCUUGCACCCCCAGACCUCAUUACUGAGCUCUACUAUUGCAAACACUGUUCAUACAGCAAUCGUUCAGUUGUGGGCGUGCUUGUCCACUACCAGAAAAGGCACCCAGAGAUAAAGGUCACUGCCAAAUAUAUCAGACAGGCACCUCCUACUGCAGCAAUGAUGAGAGCUGGUGAGUUGCCACCUGGUAUUCAGAGGACACCAGUGUCAAUGCAGCAUUUGAGCCGGGGUGGAUCUGAGACCUCUGUGAAUCCUUCCGAGAAUGAAAUGUUCUUCUGCCAACACUGUGAUUAUGGAAAUCGGACUGUGAAAGGCGUGCUCAUUCAUUAUCAAAAGAAGCAUCGUGACUUCAAGGCUAACGCAGAUGUGAUUAGGCAGCAUACAGCCACCAUUAGAAGCCUUUGUGAUCGCAGCCAGAAGAAACUGACUGGCAGCAUGCCUGCUCACACCUCCAGUACUGAACGGGAGAAGUCAAAGCUGAGAGCCCUCAAAUGCAGGCAGUGUAGCUACACAUCACCUUACUUCUAUGCAUUGAGGAAACACAUUAAGAAAGACCACCCAAACCUGAAGGCCACAGUCACAUCUAUUCUGAGAUGGGCAUUUUUGGAUGGCUUGAUAGAAGCUGGUUAUCACUGUGAAUGGUGCAUUUAUUCACACACAGAGCCAAGUGGUUUGCUUGUGCAUUACCAAAGGAGACAUCCUGAGCAUUAUGUUGACUAUACAUAUAUGGCAACUAAACUUUGGGCAGGUCCUGAUCCUUCCCCUCCCGCCCUUGUGAUGCCAACAGAAAUAAAAACCUACAGAUGUAGAGACUGCAUUUUUGAAGCAUCUUCCAUUUGGGAUAUUACCAAUCAUUACCAAGCAUUUCACCCAUGGGCCAUGAAUGGAGAUGAAUCUGUGUUGUUAGAUAUCAUUAAGGAGAAAGAUAUUGUUGAUCAAUCCAUCCCGCAGACUGAUGAAACUGGAGUCAGGAUGGAUUCUGAAGACCAGGUGACAACGUCACAGAUGGAUCAGGAUGCAGAGUGUGUAGAGGAUCCCAGCCUUUCCCAGGACAAAGCUAUUCAGCUGGCAUCUGCAAACCCUGCCAUUUCCUCCACUCCUUAUCAGUGUACAGUUUGCCAGUCUGAGUACAACAACUUGCAUGGCCUCCUGACACAUUAUGGCAAAAAGCAUCCUGGCAUGAAAGUAAAAGCUGCGGACUUUGCUCAGGAUAUAGACAUUAAUCCAGGUGCUGUAUAUAAGUGCAGGCACUGCCCAUACAUUAAUACACGUAUUCAUGGCGUUCUCACGCACUACCAGAAACGGCACCCAUCAGUAAAGGUCACUGCUGAAGACUUCGUGCACGAUGUGGAACAGUCAAAUGAUAUUGCUCAGAAUGAUGUGGAGGAGACAAGUAGGAUUUUCAAGCAAGGCUAUGGUGCUUAUCGAUGCAAACUGUGCCCUUAUACCCAUGGAACACUUGAGAAGCUGAAAAUCCACUAUGAGAAAUACCACAAUCAACCUGAAUUUGAUGUUUUUGCCCAGUCACCACCAAAGAUGUCUGCCUCAGUGGAGCCAGACAUGGUGACUGAAAUAAAGAUCUCCCCAGAAAUUACUGUUGAUGAUAUUGGAGAAGUCUCUAUGGCAGGACCUCAUUUCUCCAGUUCUCAUUUAGUGUCUCACACAGUUUUCCGGUGUCAGCUCUGCAAAUACUUCUGCUCGACCCGGAAGGGGAUAGCUAGACACUACCGUAUCAAACAUAACAAUGUCCGGGCACAGCCAGAAGGCAAGAACAACCUCUUCAAAUGUGCCUUAUGUACUUACACCAACCCUAUCCGCAAAGGGCUUGCGGCGCACUACCAGAAAAGACAUGACAUUGAUGCUUACUACACUCACUGCUUAGCAGCCUCCAGGACAGUAAGCGACAAACCCAAUAAAGUGAUCAUUCCAUCUCCUCCCAAGGAUGACACUCCUCAGUUAAGUGAGGAGCUGAGGAGAGCUGUAGAGAAGAAGAAAUGUUCACUAUGUUCCUUCCAGUCUUUCAGCAAAAAGGGGAUUGUGUCACACUAUAUGAAGCGUCACCCAGGUGUUUUCCCUAAGAAGCAACAUGCGAGCAAGCUCGGGGGUUACUUCACUGCCGUGUAUGCUGAUGAGCAUGAAAAGCCAACUCCGGUUGAGGAGAGGAAUGAUUUUGAAAAGCCUGAGGUGGAGGCCGAGGCUCAGGAAAUCGAGUGGCUUCCCUUCAGGUGCAUAAAAUGUUUCAAGCUGUCCUUCAGCACAGCAGAGUUGCUGUGCAUGCAUUACACUGAUCACCACAGCAAGGAUUUGAAGAGGGACUUUACCAUACUGGCAAGUGGCACCCGUACUCAGAACCCUGUCUACCAGUGCAAGCACUGUGAUAUGAAAUUGCAUAGCACGGCAGAGCUGACUACACACUUGAAUGGUCACAACGAGGAAUUCCAGAAGCGUGCCAAACGUCAGGAGAGGAGGAAACAGCUUUUGAGCAAGCAGAAAUAUGCAGAUGGUGCUUUUGUGGAUUUCAAACAAGAGAGGGCAUUUGGACACUUGGAAGAUAUUUCCAAACUUAAGGAGAGGAAGGUGAUUGGCUACAAAUGCAAAUUCUGCGUGGAAGUCCAUCCAACUCUUCGAGCCAUCUGUAAUCACCUCCGCAAGCAUGUCCAAUAUGGAAAUGUGUCUUCUGUGUCAGCAGCAGUAAAGCAGGAAGCUGAAGAUUCUUCAGACACAACUUUGAUGGAGGGUUUUGAGGGAGCCAAAGACCCUGGCAUUAUGGAAUUUACAGAAGCUGAAUUUGGAGCAUCCUUGGAAGAUGAAACCAGGCCUGGGGGCUACUACUGCAGCCAGUGUGACCGGGUUUUGAUGUCUAUGCAGGGUCUGCGAUCCCACGAGAGGAGUCACUUGGCUUUGGCCAUGUUUGCCCGGGAAGACAAGUACAGCUGCCAGUAUUGCUCCUUUGUCUCUGCUUUCAGGCACAAUCUGGAUCGUCAUAUGCAGACCCAUCAUGGACACCAUAAGCCGUUCCGUUGCAAACUGUGCCCAUUCAAGUCCUCUUAUAAUAGCCGCCUAAAAACCCAUAUGCUCAAGGCUCAUGCUGGUGAACAUGCCUACAAAUGUUCCUCCUGCUCAUUUUCCACCAUGACAAUCAGCCAGCUGAAAGAGCACUCCUUGAAAGUGCAUGGGAAAGCACUGACACUACCAAGACCCCGCAUUGUCAACCUUGCAGCCUCACACGCCCACCACACCUCCAAGAACCACACUCCUGCUGAAGAAGUGGAGGACUCUAAUGACUCUUCAUACUCCGAGCCUCCUGAUGUUCAGCAGCAGUUGAACCACUACCAAUCGGCAGCUUUGGCCAGGAACAACAGCAACAUCAGUCCAAUCCCACUUUCUGGAAGUGCUGCAGGACUGGAAAAAACAGAAGCCAUCCUUAACUGUGAAUUUUGUGAAUUCUCCUCGGGUUACAUACAGAGCAUCCGGCGUCACUACCGUGACAAGCAUGGAGGGAAAAAACUCUUCAAGUGCAAAGAUUGUUCCUUUUACACAGGCUUUAAAUCUGCUUUUACUAUGCACGUGGAAGCUGGGCAUUCGGCAGUUCCUGAGGAAGGACCCAAAGACCUUCGCUGUCCUCUUUGCCUAUAUCACACCAAAUAUAAACGCAACAUGAUUGACCAUAUAGUUCUGCACAGAGAAGAGCGGGUCGUUCCCAUUGAGGUCUGCCGAUCCAAACUGUCCAAGUACUUGCAGGGGAUUGUUUUCCGUUGUGAUAAGUGUACCUUUACCUGCUCCAGCGAUGAGAGCUUGCAGCAGCACAUAGAGAAGCACAAUGAACUGAAACCUUACAAAUGUCAACUCUGCUACUAUGAGACCAAACACACAGAUGAGCUGGACACUCACCUUCGAGAUGAGCACAAGGUGAGCCGUAAUUUUGAGCUGGUUGGACGGGUUAACUUGGACCAGUUGGAACAAAUGAAGGGGAAAACAGAAAGCUCCAGCAGUGAUGAAGAAGAAAAAGAAGAUGAAUUAAGCCCUGAGGCUGAAGAGAGAGAUUCCAUGAUGUUUCCUGACAGUGGUGCUCCAGAGAAACGUUUCCCAUGUGAAUUCUGUGGACGAUCAUUUACAGAAGGCUCUGAGUGGGAGCGACAUGUGCUGAGACAUGGCAUGGCACUGAAUGAAAGCAAGCACAGGAUCAGUGAAGACAGCCAUCCCAAGGAGGACAUAGAAGAAACUGUUAGCACACUGGCAGAAGAAAAAGGAGGCAUUGAGACAAUGGUGGUGGACUACUCUCACAGCAGUGAAACAGCAGUCAGUGUGGUAGCUGCUGACAAACCUCUCCACGACAACUCAGAGGCCAAAAACGAAUAAGCAUUUGGUGUGAUUCUAAUCAACCUACUUGAACAGUGAUGAACGGGGUGGGAUGGGUGGGUGGGGUGGGCAGAAGAAAGAAAUGAAGCUGCUUUUAGGACUGAAUGAUCUAUUUUCAAAGCACUGGUACCUGUGUGAGUGUGUGUGUAUUAAAGUUAUUUAAGUGAUGGAAUAAGUGGCUCCAUUACAUCACUGCAUCUUUUCUUCUGGAUCUUGACAAUGGAGAGUUACAUUCAUCUUGGACUAAUGAAGCAACUCCCCGUGUUCCUACAUUACACAUCGUGUUUUGCAGUGGAGACUUGGAUUGUUUGUGAAUGGAAGCAUCGUGAGCAUGGAAGAAGUGGCGGGGGGGACAACUUUUCAACGCACAAAUUUGCGUGCGUUUUUCUAGUUUUAAUACAUAACGCUUUUCCAGACCGAAUGCAACUGCUUUAGAAAAGAAAAAGAAAAAAAAGGAAAAAAAAAAAAGGAAAAAAAUAGAAAAAAAAAAGGAAAAAAAAAAAGAGAAAAAUAGGGGAAAAAAAAAACGAAAAAAAACCAACAAACAAACAUACAAGCAAACAAACAAACAAAAGACAGAAACUGCUUUGCAUAAAACAGUCACCUGUUUCCUAGUACCUCAGAAUUAACCAAGGGAGAUCUCUGCAUUUGUCAGUACUACCUGCUGUUGUUGUGGUUAAAUGUAGAGAAACUGCUGGGCAAGGUGGUGAGUGGAGGAAGAAAGAGAGGGAAAAAAAAAAAAAGAGUUUUAAAGAAAGGAAAACAAAUUGUGCUUAAAAUCCCAGUGCGGAUUUUAUUUCUUAAAAUACUGUGAUUUUUUUAAUUAUUUUAGUAAAAAAAAAAACAAAAAAAAAAGAGAGAGAGAGACUGAGAGAGAGAGAGACUUUAAUUCCUAGAUAACUGUUUGUGAAUUGUCAUACUUUAUUCCAGGUAAGCUGUUUGUUAGUAUUCAGUUAUAAUUUUAGGAUUUGAUAGAUUUCAUGUGACUGAUUGUGCGGUUUUGUUUGCCACAUGUUUAUUUUCUAUCAGCCUGAGGUGUUACAAAUACAGCACAAUUAAGUUUCUCAUGUAAGAUGAGUAUUUCUUUAUGAGGGGUGGGACAGGGAGAGGAGACUAGAUCUUGUGAAUAGAACUUUUGUUUUUUUGUCGUCGUUGUCGUUAUUGUCGUUGUUAAUUUUAAACAUAUGGAAAUAACAAAAAAAAAGUUUUAACUUUUUUUUUUUAAAAAAAAAAAGAAAAAAAAAAGAAAAAAAAAAACAAACACAAACUAAACUAAACUAAAGAACCAAACUUACAGCACAGCUAUGCAGCUCGCGGGCCAAACACAUAGGUCCUCAUAACCAUUCUGUUGCUUGUCAUAUUAACAUCUAUCAGUCUCACACCAGUAACUUUUUGUUAAGAUUGGCUGCCUUUUCUUCUGUCUGUGGUGUGUGUGUUUUCUUUUUGUUUUAGUGUGGUGGGAGGGAGGGGUAUCUGUUUUAACACAUCUUUUUGCAAGUGAAGGUGAAAUAGUUACAUACGACAUUGAGCCUGGAGAACUACAUUUACUCGAUUCCAGAUGGAGUUGCUAAGUUUUUCCCCUCUCCGCCUUAGCUUUUUAGCAUAAGGGGAGCAGUGUAGAAUGAAUAGGAAGCUUCAUACCUAAAGCCUGAUCCUGCACCACUACUCGAGUGGAAAGCUCUCCUGACUCAGCAGAUAUUUUGCCUGAGCAGUGAAUACAAGAUCUGGUGCCCACGGUAUGUUCUGAUUGUGAACAAAAGAAAAAAAAAAGAAAAGAAAAAAAAAAAGGGAAAAAAAAAGAGAAAAAACCACAAUCAAACAAACAAAAAUAAACAACAAAAAAAGGAAAAAAAAGGAAAAAAGAAAAAAAAAAGAAAAAAAAAAGUUUCUUUCCAAAAAGUAGAAAGUACUUGACUGAAACCUAGUUUUAGAGAUGCAUGUGUCUUCGUUUCUUUGUUGGUUUUGGUUUUUUAAUUUUUAUUUUAUUUUAUUUUAGAGGGGCUUGGGGAGGGGGAGGGGGGGGAAGAUAGGAAGCUGCUGAGGAAACGGUGUCCUAGAAAGCUUCACAUAAAAUUGUUGGCAAAAAUGUUGCAUUUGUGGAAUAAGUGCUACUUGAGAAGCAUGGUGUUUUGCUUUUUGGGGAUUCAUCACUUGUGUGUUAGGGGGAUUCUUUUCAUUACUUUCGUUUUAGUUUUUGCCUUUGGUUUUUUUGUUUUGUUGGUUGUUUUUUUAAAUAGGGAGGGAAUGUCAUAGAAAAACACAUUGGAGGGACAAGUAUAAAUACACAUUUUGUGUCUGUAUUUGAUUUUUUUGUUUUGGUUUGGGUUUUUUUUUUUUUUUUAAUUGGCCUCAUUUCAAAUGUAUUUAAACAGUUCCAUACCUGGAUUGGGUGUUUGUAAUGGUUACCAAAAAUGAAAAAGAAAAAAAAAAAAAAAGAUAAAAAAAAAGAAAAAAAAAGAAAUAAUGAUUGUGACAUGUUUUUAUCACUACUUUAUUUUUCAAAUAACAUGUAAAUAUUGUAAUCCAUUGGAUUUUGUUUUGCUAACCUGUUAAUAAAAAAUAUGGGACCAUUAUCCUUUUAACAAGCCUAGAAUGUCAUAAUUUUUUUUCCAUGUUUUUUUGGUUGUUGUUUUUUUUUUUUUUCCCUCAUUUCCCAAAAA